AUGUCAGACAACGGUGGUGUUAACUAUUUCUUCGGUUUCAUUGGUGUAGCAAGUGCUUUAGUCUUCGCUAACUUAGGUGCUGCUUACGGUACUGCCAAGUCAGGUGUUGGUAUUUCAUCUAUGGGUGUUUUAAAGCCUGACUUAAUCAUGAAGUCCAUCAUUCCAGUAGUCAUGGCUGGUAUCUUGGGUAUCUAUGGUAUGAUUGUUGCAGUUAUCCUUGCUUAAAAGAUCGAUAAGACCACUUACAACUCUUACUCUGCUUACUCUCACCUUGCUGCUGGUCUUUGUUGCGGUCUCUCCUCCCUCGCUGCCGGUCUUGCUAUUGGUAUUGUUGGUGAUGCUGGUGUCAGAGCUAAUGCCCAAUAAGACAGAAUUUUCGUUGGUAUGAUUUUGAUUCUCAUUUUUGCUGAAGCCUUGGGUCUUUACGGUCUCAUUAUUGCUCUUAUUCUUUCUCAAUGA